UUGGCUCUUUUCUCUACUAGCGAGCAAACCUACAAUCUAGACCCAACUGUCCAUCCAGCUCAUUUUUAAGGGGAUUUAUCAACAUAUAUGCCCGUGUAUCCAAAACACAUCGGUCAUUGGGGAUUCCUAGCACCGGUUGGCCGGGUCUGAGGGCGGUUAUAACGCUUUUUUCGAGGUUUAAUUAGAGCUUGAAACAACGCUGGUGGAGGAGGAGGAGAUUCCAUAUUAGGAGCACAGAGGAGAAGGCACCCCCCUUGUGUGAUUUGGAGCUUUUGGUCCUGAGUACAUGGUACAAGGCUGUCACUGAACAUACCGGUGGUGCAGACAGACUUACUACUGUGGCUUGGUGUGUGCGUGCUGACCUCAUGGUGUAACAGGAGUAAAGAUGAGCAUUAGCAGUGAUGAGGUCAAUUUCCUGGUCUACAGAUACUUACAGGAGUCAGGGUUCUCCCACUCAGCGUUUACGUUCGGUAUAGAGAGUCACAUCAGCCAGUCCAACAUCAACGGUGCUCUGGUUCCCCCUGCUGCCCUCAUCAGCAUCAUCCAGAAGGGCCUGCAGUAUGUCGAGGCUGAAGUCAGCAUCAAUGAGGACGGCACGUUAUUUGACGGGCGGCCCAUCGAGUCUCUCUCCCUGAUCGACGCGGUGAUGCCGGACGUGGUUCAGACGAGGCAGCAGGCGUACCGGGACAAAAUGGCCCAGCAGCAAGCCGCCGCUUCGGCGCCGGCAUCAGCGACCGGAGGCAACAUUGCAGGCAACGCCAAGAAUGGAGAGAAUACUGCCAACGGGGAGGAGAACGGAGCCCAUGCCUUAGCUAACAACCACGCAGACCUGAUGGAGGUGGACGGAGAUGUGGAGAUCCCUCAGAACAAGGCCAUGGUCUUGAGGGGUCACGAGUCAGAGGUCUUCAUCUGUGCCUGGAACCCAGUCAGUGACCUGCUGGCAUCGGGGUCCGGUGACUCGACGGCUCGGAUCUGGAACCUGAGUGAGAACAGUACAAGCAGCUCCACACAGCUGGUCCUGAGACACUGCAUACGAGAGGGAGGACAGGACGUUCCCAGCAACAAAGACGUCACCUCGCUAGACUGGAAUAGCGAGGGCACACUGUUAGCAACAGGCUCAUAUGACGGCUUUGCUAGAAUAUGGACGAAAGAUGGUAACCUGGCCAGCACACUUGGCCAACACAAAGGUCCAAUCUUUGCCCUGAAGUGGAAUAAAAAAGGCAAUUUCAUCCUUAGUGCAGGAGUAGACAAGACAACAAUCAUAUGGGAUGCUCACACAGGAGAAGCCAAGCAGCAGUUUCCCUUCCAUUCAGCUCCAGCACUAGAUGUGGACUGGCAGAGCAACAAUACAUUCGCCUCUUGUAGUACAGACAUGUGCAUCCAUGUCUGUAAACUGGGACAAGACAGACCCAUCAAAACAUUCCAGGGACACACAAAUGAAGUAAAUGCAAUCAAGUGGGAUCCCACAGGGAACCUGCUCGCCUCUUGUUCAGACGACAUGACGUUGAAGAUCUGGAGUAUGAAGCAGGACUCGUGUGUUCAUGACCUGCAGGCCCACAGUAAAGAAAUCUACACCAUCAAAUGGAGUCCCACCGGCCCUGGAACCAACAAUCCCAGCGCUAACCUCAUGCUAGCCAGUGCAUCAUUUGACUCCACCGUUCGUCUCUGGGACGUGGAGAGAGGCAUCUGUAUCCACACGUUGACAAAACACCAAGAGCCAGUCUACAGCGUGGCUUUCAGUCCUGACGGUCGGCAUUUGGCCAGCGGCUCCUUUGACAAAUGCGUGCACAUCUGGAAUACACAGACAGGAGCCUUAGUCCACAGUUACAGAGGGACGGGGGGAAUCUUCGAGGUUUGCUGGAACGCAGCAGGGGACAAAGUGGGAGCCAGCGCAUCAGACGGAUCUGUGUGUGUACUAGACCUUCGGAAAUAGUGCUGCUGUUGGAAGCCAUGGACCGACCAUGAAUGUGUACAUAGCCAAAUGACUGUCCCUGCCUGCCCUGCGGCCUGCUCACGCUUACGACUAUGGCCCCGCCCACUGACAGAGACAGGAAGCAGGAAACAGGAACAGGAAGCAAGCACCCGACACAGCAGGUCCAGACACGGGGAUGAACAGAUGGACGGACAGAUGGACAGACAAAAUGGGCGGACGGACGCGCCCCUCUCUAUCUGUGCAGACUCUUACAGAGAUGCAGAAGGGACGCAGUGAAAAAAAGAAAAAAAAAAACUGUUAGAAAAAGAAAAAAAAAGUUACAGAUCCGUAUAUGUACCAAAAUUUGGAAGCUAUUUUGCUUUUUUGAUCUUUAAACCAUGCUCAUUGUCAUCAAAAUGAAAAACAAUGAAAAAAGUGUUGAUCUUUGUUACUAGUUGGAUCUCAUUGUGCAGACAUAUCAACUUCACCACCAUAAAAAUAGGAUGGCACUUAGUUUUUUUAAAUUUUCGGAUCUCUUGUUUCAAUGUUUUUAUAUUUUUUAUCUUUGGUGGGAGGGGAAGGGGGAGGGCUGGGGUGACAGUCGGUCAGGUCAGAGUUUUAUUAAGUGGAGAAGUACAUACUUACUCGGACAUGCACACCAAACACUUCUCAAAAAGUACAGUGUCCUCAUCAUGAUUUCAAACCAAUGUGGCAAACUUAAAGGCUUUUUUCUCUCUCCCUCUCCACGUGUUCCAGUAAUGGCUUCUGAAGUAACCUUUGAAAUGCAGUAAUUCAGGUGUUGUCAUUUCCAGAGGACAUGUUCUGGAUCACCUGUGUACAUCUAGAUGCUUUAAAAACCAGUUCCUUUGUGCACUACUUGAUCUAGAUGGAUUUACCUGCAGUUCUCUCUGGACCCCCCAUCUUGAUUGGCAAGAAGCUGACUUUUCCCUCCACUUCGCCCAACGUCCGAGGCUGUUUCGUGUUUUUAGAUAAUGAUGCAACAGGAAGUCAGGUCCCAUCUCAGCCAGCAGUGCUUUUCCACCUUUGUAAAACAUAUACAAAUGUACAUAAAUAACUCUGAACAGUGUCCUCCUUUUCGUUGCUUUGGUGAGACCUCAAAUAUUUGUGAUUUGAUUCAUCGACACUCUCGAAGGCCUCGAAUCGACAAACGCGCAUGAUGCCCUGAAGCGUGGCAGUGAAAAAUAUCAACUGAUCAUCCCAUUAAAAUUGUUGUGCUAUUUUUAGGUUUUUGGAGAUGUGAUAUUCUCAGAGGCAAAAAUACUGAGUUAAACCACAGAGGGCAAAGCCAAAGAGAAACCCCUGAGUAACAGAGGAAGUAGCUUAUGUUAGAUUCUAAAAGCUUUGCUCUGUUAAUGCAUUUACACAAUCAUGUCAGACCUGGAAGAACUUAAAAACAUAAUGUUAUUUCAACCUGAAGUGUUCACGUAUUACUCAGAUAGGCUAAAUCAAAUGUAUAGCUUACACAUUUGUAGUGGUUUGUUAACAAGUGAAACCAAAUACAUAUAGUUGAAUGGUUCCUAUUUGUUAGCUGAAUAAACUAUAAUAUUUGAUUUAAUAUAGCAGUCAUGUUGCAACCAUAUUACUGACACUGAGUUACAAUUACGAGGCCAAACAGCUUCUUCCACCAUAGUUACGUUUGAGCAAUAUUCAGGAAUAUGGCGUGAAGCUGUGUCUGAAAUCACUCCCUCAUUUGCUAUUUAUUAUAUAAUAGCGAAUCAAUUGUAAAAUGUAUAGUUUCCAUAAAUUAAGAUUGAUUGAUUGAAUGACUGACAUGUAAUAAUAUGACUAAUGUAUGUGUCGAUCAAAUGGGAAAGUAUUAGCAAUUAUUAGUGGAUUGUUAGCUAAAACUACUUCAUACAUUAAGUACACUACUUUUCCACGUUUGUUAAGGCGUUAAAUAGAGCAUACAUUUUGGACAUACAUAAUUCAGAUGACUAAUAAUAAGUAUAAUGCACUACAUAGCAAAUGGGGAGUAUUGUAGGACACAGCCUACUUGUUCUAAGCUAGCUGACUUAACUAGCCAAUUUUCCCAACUUCAAAGGAGCCAUAUGUAUGUCACAAUUACCCUGGUCAUGAAUGAAUGUGAAACAAUGUUUGAAUUCAUUUUAAAAAUGCCUUUGUUUUCUCUUUUUUGUUGUUGACCAAAGUUCUGGGUUUGUUGUUCAAAUGUUACCGUUAGCCAGUAUGCUAACGUGCUUUAGAAAAGCCUGAUCUCUUGGCUCUGCCCUCUUUGAGGUUUAAUUCAAACAAUAGCUUGAUCGAUGUUAAAAUCGCUCUGUCCCUAUAAAAUAUUUUUAUAAUUGAAACUCUUUUUUACUAUUUUUAAUAACGUGGCCACCCAAAUUUAUCUGGCGCGGAGUGGAGGGGAGGAGCUGUUUGUCAAACAGGCUAACGUUUGUCGAGAUAGAUUUACAUCGCAAAACGGUCAAAACUACAGUCUGAACUGAAUUUUCAUGAGUACACUUUUGGGAAUCAAACGCAGCAGCAGAUCCAACAUUAACGCAAUAUGGGAACAUUUUAGUUUUUGUCUGUUUUGAUUUGUUUUCACUAUGUGGGGUAAAACUUAACUAUAUGUAUGCUGUUUUGAAGGAAAUAAACAAACCACACAUACAAAGACUUGCAGUAGCUAAGGGUCAAUUGUACAGUCUUUUACUCCCACAACAUGAUAGUCUUGAUCAAUUAAAAACAGUAAAACAGACAUUAGAAUUCAUCGACCCUUUCACCUUCAUUCUCGAUUGUUCACCACCCGAGUUCUGCUCAAAUUUUAUCCAGAUGUUCCCCACUGACGAGACAUUUUAUACUCUUUUAAAGAAAAAUUUAAAGUUACAUUUUUGUAAUUUCUUUGUAGAUUUAAAAAAAAUGUGAAUUGAUGAUUUAUUGGCAGUGUUAAUUUACAUGUUCUAUAAAUUGAAAGAUUUUGUUUUCAUACUCUGAUGCUAUUGCAAAUAGUAAAGGUUGACCCUGUAAUGUAAAGCUCACUGAGCUGAGCUGUCAUUCUGAAGGCACCUUGACUGGGAGGGAUUUCCCAGGAGAAAAAUUACCACUAAAUUUGUCUAUGUUUUAAUAAAGACAUGUUUUACUUUUUCUUUUGCUUGAAUCUUUUUGGGAAGCAUUGUCCCAAAAAAUGUGCAAAGGAGAAAAUUAUUUUCUCCUGAAACUCCUCUUGGCUUACAUAGAAAGACAAUUCAAAAAAAGUGACUCUUAAAAUUGAAUAAAAUUGUAAUUUUUCAAUCAAGCCAAGACUCUGGGGAAUUUUUCUGCCCCCCCCCCCCUUUUUCAUUGUUAAAGUUGGGAGUCAUACAGAUGUUUUGAGGAGAACGUUGCUCUGUAGGGCAGAUGUGAUCUCUGUGGUCUCGUAUGGAAUUAUAUCUCUGUCACAAUUCUGAGGGCACAUUUUAAGCACAAACAUGGAUUAUAA